AUGGCUUGUUCGCUCUGUGGCCGAAAAGGCCACUCAGUUUUGACAUGUGCGAUUCCAGGAGCGAAGGCGCACCGGCGCAUGCGCGAGCUCCUGCGGGUGAAGCAGGCGCAGGAAGGCAGAAAGCCACGUCGCCUAGGAGCCCCCACAUAUGGUGCCUACAAGAAGCAAAGGGCCGAGGAGUACAGCGGUCGAGGGAAGAUUCGGAAGGACUUCUUGAAGAGACAAAAGGCAGCUAAGAAGAGCAGCACUCAGAUGGCCAAUGUGGGUGUGCUGGCUGCUGUGCAAGAACUUCAGGACUUGGGCAUUUUGAUGAAGAAGCCUGACAACUGUCCGCAGUGCAACUAUGGACGUCUCAGUCAGCCAACUGUCAGAACAAAGCAGACUGCCCAGUGCUAUUACCGCUGCCUGGACAGCGACUGCGGUGCCCGCACGAAUGUAUUCAGCUGCUCAGAUGUUUUGCCGCAGCGCAAGAUGCAGGGUUUGACACCCACGCAGGUCCUUAUGGCUGUCAAGGCUUACCGUGCUACCGGCUGCAAGAAGCCACCAAGCCCGCUCCAGCUGGCCCGCUUGACUGGAGCAGGACGCAGGGCCUUGGAGCCUGUGGUGGAUGCUCUCAUGGAUCAUGAGGCCUCCCAGGGCAGAGCGUUGUCUGGCCAAGCUGUCUUCACAGGGCAGUGCGAAGCAGAUGGCACGUGCCUGCGGACUUUGCGCAUUUCUUCCUCUUCCAGGACAUUUGCCAAUCAAGUUGCUCUGUGGAAGCGGGCUCACACUGGACGAGCGGUGCCGCGCAGGUUCUUGCUCUACGUGCGCUGCUUAGGGGUGACGCAACGGAACUCACAGAAGAUGGCAAUUGCUCCUGCCCAUCUUACAUUGGUGCCGUUGCCGUCCAAGCCUCCCAGCGAGAGUGUGCAGGAGAUCAAAGACAGCGGCUUGCUGAGGCAGCUCGCCGCGGGCGCCAUCGUGUACACUGAUGGCUGUGCUUCUUGGAAGACUGCGGGAAAGGCGCUGCCCCGCAAGAGGCUGCACUUCCGCAAAGUCGUGCACAACAAGAGUGAGUGGACCAAGGUCACACGUGUGAAUCUGCGGGCUCGCAGAGCGGGCACGCAGCAGAUUGAUCGCUGCUGGCAUCACUUGAAAAAAUUCAUGCCCAGUGAGAUGAAGAGCCGCGGUCCCAGCGGCCUGAUCAACAGUCGCCUGUGGACGAGAGCAUACCAAUUCUUGUAUAGACGGUCUUUGUGUGCCUGA